AUGUCCUCGACCGCCAUCAUAGGGGACGACGACGUUCUCGAGCCUACGCUCCAAUGCCUCUUAGAUCAGAAGACUCUUCGUUGGAUAUUUGUUGGCGGAAAGGGUGGAGUCGGUAAAACUACUACGUCAUGCUCCCUGGCUAUACAGCUUUCCAAAGUACGGAAGUCUGUGCUUCUGAUAUCCACAGACCCUGCCCAUAAUUUGAGUGAUGCGUUCGGCCAGAAGUUUGGCAAAGAGGCUAGGCUUAUUGAUGGAUAUGAUAAUUUGAGUGCAAUGGAGAUUGAUCCCAAUGGGAGCAUUCAGGAUUUAAUGGCUAGCGGAGGUGCUGACGGUAACGACGACGCCAUGGGUGGGUUUGGGCUGGGUGGAAUGAUGCAAGAUUUGGCCUUCAGUAUACCUGGUGUCGAUGAAGCAAUGUCCUUCGCCGAAGUUCUCAAACAAGUUAAAUCCUUAUCCUAUGAAGUUAUUGUCUUUGACACCGCCCCUACCGGCCAUACUCUUCGAUUUUUACAAUUCCCAACUGUGCUGGAGAAGGCACUCUCGAAACUUUCUCAGCUGUCUGGGCAGUUCGGCCCCAUGCUUAACUCCGUCCUCGGUGCUCGCGGCGGCCUUCCUGGCGGCCAAAACCUUGACGACAUACUAUCAAAAAUGGAAUCACUGCGGGAAACGAUUGCGGAAGUCAACUCCCAAUUCAAGGACGCUGACAUGACCACGUUCGUAUGCGUGUGUAUUGCUGAAUUCUUGUCCUUGUACGAGACGGAGCGGAUGAUACAGGAGCUAACGAGUUAUCAUAUUGAUACCCAUUGUAUUGUGGUGAAUCAACUGUUGUUCCCGGGUAAAGACAACGCAUGCCAACAGUGUGGCGCAAGACGGAAGAUGCAAAAGAAAUAUUUGAAUGAGAUCAAGGAUUUGUAUGAAGACUUCAACGUUGUCAGAAUGCCACUGCUCGUCGAAGAAGUCCGAGGACGAGAAAAGCUCGAAAGCUUCAGCGAUAUGUUGGUCCACCCCUUCCAGCCGGCUCAUGAAGACUAA